AUUUUAGUAUUAGGACAUGGAUGGGCGAACACUAGUCUCGCUGACGUAAAAUCUAAACAUGGCAGAAGAAUUUACAGCCUACGAAAGAAACCUAUUUAAAAAGAAGUAAAUAAGCUCAAGAACAUCAACAGAUUUUCCCUCAGUUUUGUUGAGUUGUCAAGGUGUCACCCUGGAUCAUCAAAGCAAGUCAAAUGGGUUCUCAAAGCCUGUUAAAAAGAUGAAAAAGCGGAAGGAGUUGGAUGCUCUUGUUACCAACGGAUCCCGUGCCAAAUUAUCGAAGAAGAAAAUGCCUACCCAUCAAGAGGAGGGACAUGAAUUGCUGUUAAAUAUAGAAUCGGACAGCGGAUCUUCGCUGGACUUAGAUUUUUCACCACCUAAAAGAACUUUUGUUAGGAAACCUCACAUUUGCAACCUCUGUUUGUCAGGCUGUGUUUUAGUCUUACUUGUUGCCUCAAUUCUAAUGUCUAUUGCACUCCUUUGGAUGAAUUUUGACCUGAAAAACGAUGUAGAUGGUCUAAGGAAAAGACUUGAUCUUGUUGAAAAUGUGAGUGGGAGUUCUAAGUCACAGCUUGACUCGACGCAAGCACUAAUAAAUGGAUUGGAAAAAAACAUCAAUGAUACCAGAAAUAGACUGAAAGAAAACGUCCAACGAAUGGAUCUGAAAUUAUUAGAUAUCAAUACCAAGGUAGCAGAACUUAACGCCAGUUCAUUGUUAUUAAAGAGUAAAAUACAGUCACUGAUGCCGCAACAACAAACUGCUGCAGACGGCCCUCAGUUACAGAAGGUUGUUGCUGGCUUGGGCAGUGAGGUAGAGGAGCUGAAAGGCACAGUACAAGAUGUCCAGAGUAGUCAGAAACAUCAACAGCAGGAGUUUCAGUCACUAAGCAAGAACGUGGCAGAUCUCACGGUUAAUGAAACAUUAGUGAACCUGUCAACAGUGUGGACGACCGUAUCCAACAUGGAUCUGAGUAGGAAGCCUAACACAUCAGCUCAGGCACCACCUCAAGAGGUACCUACUACACUAGCUCCUCCUGCCUCUGAGAAUAUGAUCCCAGCCGCUACUACUAGUACCCAACAAGCUAUUGGUAACACUGUGGUUACAUUGUAUUUAGAACAGGAAAUUAAGAAGUUGUCAGACACUAUAGGGGUGAUGAAUGCAUCAUUGUUUAAGGUUGAGCAGCAGCAAACAAACUUUUCAAAGAGGUUGCAAAAUGUCGAGCUUCUAUCGGAUAAUAUGCCAUCAGGCUUGCAGGUUGCGGACAACAGCUCAGUGUCUUUGGUAGACCUUAUGAAACUUCAGUCAGAUGUUAACUCAUUGAUGGCCCAUACUGAAAACAUAAGUAUUGGAACUAGUGAUAUUGAUCCCCGUGACAUCUUGACGAUCCGAGCACAAAUAGCAGACCUCCAAUUAACAGUCAACACUUUAACAGACAAGAUACACCAGCUCACUACUCCUAGUCUUAAUAACAACCUUUUGAACAUGAACACAACCCUGGGAAUACAGACAGUCAUGGCGAGCUCGCUUCAAAAGUUCAAAGACGAGAAUAUAGAGAACCUUAACAACGUCAAAUUUACUCUUGGCCAACUACAACUCCAGACAGAUGAACAAGCAGCAGCUAUAAGGCAGUUAGAAGAGCAAUUGGAAGACAUGCAUCAUGUUAUUGUGGAGCUAUCAAACACAAGCAAACAAAAUUUAGCAAGUGAAACAAAUAGACCAGCUUCCAUUCCAAUAGCUGCAGGGUCAACACCUCUUAAAAGCACUUAUGUUAAUACACCAGAAACUGUUGCUACUGAUGUUUACAGUGGUGAAUUAGAAGAAGAGACGAAAACAGAAUCAGUCACUGGUGAAGUUGUGUCGGCAGCAACACCUCCGCUGAUGUUGAAUUCAAGCGAAACAUUGCAGGAAGUUAAGCUGCCACCUCCAUUGGGUUACCUCACAGACCCAAAUAUCAGUACAAUUGAAGAUUUACAAGCUCGUUUUACAAUCUGGGACAUAGAAAACCAUGGCUCUGUGAAAUUUCAAGAUUUUGCAAACUUUAUGGGAUCAAACUUUAGUGGGACUGCCCAACUAGAACAGUUUGACCAUGAUCGGGACUCUCGUCUGAGUUUUCAAGAACUCGCAGAAGCUUAUGGUUUCCCUGAUCCAUCGGAUGAUGUGCAUAAUCGAAGGAGAAUUCAAGAGGGUUCAGCCUCAUCAGAUGCCGCAAGUGGCGUAUAGGCUUUAGAUGACUAAAGCAAGAAAACAAAAACAGUUUAACAGUAACUCGCUUUAUUUGAAAACUAACUACCUAAGUAAUGAGUUGAGCCAUAAAGGUCAAAUGAAAUUGGUAAAACAUGCACAAUUUUAGUCACUUUUAGACUAGUUUAAGUGACAUGAAAUUAGCCCUUGUGUACUAGCACAAAUGUGUACUUGAUUUAUGUCAAUCUUAAACUAGCUUUAAAAGUACUAAAAUCUCACGGUUUUAGGCAGGUAUUGAAAGUUUCGGUAUUGUUAAUAUUGUACCAUUCUUUGAUUAGUAAUGCAAGUGGUUUUAUCAGCUUUAUAUUCUCCAGUUUGUCAAUUAACAUGUCAUUACUGUAUGUGCUUUGACAAGAGUUGCCAAAUCCUGUCUUGUAUUGAGUAAUUGAUUGAUUGACAUAUUGUCAACCACUACUCAUUAAAUUAAAUAGCAGUUUUUUUAUAAUUAUUUAUAAUAUUGAAUUUUGUACGAGGUAAAUUAAAAAGCAAGGGAUGAUGCUUAAUGGAUGACAUUAAGUUUAAAAAUCAAUCCAUGAUAACCUUUUUUUAGAAUGUCAUUCCUAGCAAAUUCUCAUCAAAGUGAAGGACUAUACUCUGUGUAGGUCUAUAAACCAUUAAUCUCAAAAUCAGGCAUCGGGUAAAAAUUCUAUUUUUGAGAAAGUAGCUUGGUGGUGCAGAAUUUGAACCCAGGAUGGGAAUAUUCAAAAUAAAGUGUAGACCUAAUGUUUUUCAUCAUAUAAGGCUUGCCAUUCUAAAACCAGCUUACUGUCGCUAAUUGUUAAACUUAGUAAUUUGCAUAGGAAUGUGCCAGUAUUGAUUACUUUAGUACAGAGAAACCAUUAAUAAUCUGGCAGUAGUAAGACAAUUCAGUAAAUAACCCAUCAUUUUAAAGUUUAUAUUGUGGAGAAUGAGGACUUAUGAAAAAGUCAAUUUUCAUUUUUAUGGUCACUGAUACUGGUUUGGGGAUGACAAGCCUCAUAUAUGACAAGUGGUCACAACUAUUUAAUAUUAAAUUCUUAAAAGCUAUAAAGUAGGAAGUGGUUCACAUUGAACGACUUUGCUGGUCAGCGUGUGGUUUGAACUCCCAACCACAAGGCUGGAACCUGUAUGGGAACCGCUACACCAAAGCGCCAUUCUAAAGCUUCUUAACUAGCUACAACUCGCUUUUAUCAAAGAUAAAUUCAACUAUGUUUACUUUACAGUGUAUAUAGAGAGCUUUAUGGUGCGAUCAUGCCAUUUGGGUUUUCAUAAACCCGUAUUAUGGUCUUAUAAGCUUUACCAUUAGUUAUUGUCCAUGUUUAUAAUCUAAAUUUAUCAACAAUGCUUAUAUAAAUCUAUGGAAAUUGCCUUUUCCUCCAAAGUAGUUUAGUAUGUUUUAAGGUUGAACAAAAUAGCAUAUAAGUGAUAAUUAAUGAAAAAUACUGUACACUAAAAAGGCUAUUUUGAUUCCUUGGGAAAACAAAAAUGCUUUCUUAGUGAAAUUGUUGCCGAGUACAGAUAUAUGUAUCACCUUUUCUAGAGGGCGCUAUUCAAGAAUUUGUUAUAACUUUAUUAUUGAUGAAGGAUAGCUGGCAUCGUGGACUGGCCACCUGUUGAAUGUCUUUCAGCAUUUCACAUAGAGUUGCUCUAAGUCUUUUUUAAAUUGUACAUUGCCACCAGCGGCUAAAGCAAGGAUGCUUGGACUGAAAAUCACGAAAAAGAAAAAAAAAAAAAACAUUGUCCAUUAAUCAAUAAAACAAAGUUUACUUUGCUCGACGGUGGUGUUUUUUGGACUGUUCUUAAUUAUAAUUAGAAAUAACAGCCUGGAACCUAGGAUAUAUUUUGCACAACUAGAAAGGUUUUCGGGAAAUGAAUUGAACUCAAGCUCGUUUCGGACACCUGCUUGUGUUACUUACCUGGAUUAAGUAAUUGUCAUGGUUGCUUAAUUAGAAGACUUCUUAAAAAUAAUAUAACCAUCUGUUCCAGAGGAAUAUGUAUCCAUGCUUCUUUAAAGGUGUUUAUGAGGAUGCACACAAGUUGUUUAGCAUAUUUAUUCCUUGGAUGGACAGUUCUAUUAUUUUUUAGGGGUGUUCUAGUUAUGGAGCAAUGACUAUAGUCAGUUAGACACUGCUAAUUUUUGUAGUUAUAUACAUUAUUUGGUUGCAGAUCAAAUGCAUUGGAGUUUUCUACAAGUCUUAAUAAUUAUGUUGUUGAUAUAGUAGUUGUCUAAUAAAAAAAAAAACUUCAAUGCUAACACCCCAUAAUUCAGGGUACUGCUUGAGAAAUAUUGUACAUUAUGUCCUAACUUAGUAAUAGUACUACAUAUGAUUAUGUAUUAUAGAUUUUUCCCCGCAAAACAUUCUUAUAUUUUAUGUGAUAUUAGUAUAUAAUUCCUUUAAUUAUUUUAACAAUAAAAAUAUUAGUACUGUAUCUGUUUAUUAAAUCCAUCCAACUUGCUAAACAAAUCUAUGCACAAUUAGUGUAUCUGGGUAGGUAGAACAGUGGGACAAGAAUCUAAAUUAUUUAAUGUUACAGAAUAUUAUACCAAAACCUAUUAACAAUCUUCAACAUGGCAGCAUAUUUUCCCCGCUGGGAUUAUGAAAAAACUUGAUAAUAUAAUUUAAGUGUAUUAGUAAACAAAUUACGUAUUGAAACUGCUAUUUUACAUAUGUACAUUUGUUUUGAAUUUUAUCAGUAAGCAAUAAAAUGUUCAUAAAAGUUUUAA